AUGGGAAUCACGUCGUCUUCAUCCACCGAGUCCAGUACCGGAAACAACCAAGUCCCGCCGGAGAAACUGGUGGGAGAUCCGAUGGCUGACUAUCCAGAACCGUUGAAAGCUGCUGUAUAUAAGUACGAGAGGGAUCUCCUCGCCUUGUUCCCGUCGAAACUGGGAGAGUCGGCAACUGAGGCAGAGAGGAAAAAGGAUUCUGAAGCGCAGUUUUUCGAGUACAUGAGAGGAGGUGCUUGUAAAGACGAAUUUAACGCUCACGAAGAUUGCGUGGUGGAAUCUGGACACCGUAACAAAAAGUGUCAUGAAAUCUAUGCGAAGAUGAACAAUUGUAUGCGUACUCAUCAUCAUUACUAUCAACCUUUUCGCAGGAGAGGUCGUGAAGAAUUUGCCAGCCUUGGUGGCUGCCAGGAAUCUCAAGUGAGAGAGGCAAAAGUUAUGGUUGCUCUGUCUUUUCUAUCUCCAAUAAAGGUCACUACUUAG